CAAUCCGGAGCCAGGUAAACAUUUUCAUUUAUAUUGUUGAAAUGGGCGAAAAUUAUGCUCUAUAUAGGCCGCCGGAAGGGGGCGGAAUCUACUCCUCCUCCUUCUCCUCCUGCACCGCAUUUAACCGCCGAGCUCCGAACAAGAACAACCAUGGCUUCUCUCUCUUGCGCCCAGCCGUCGCUCCGCUCCCUCUCAAACUCCAGUAUCAUGAGUUCCCCGGCUUCUUCAGCCAGGCGAAGGACUCCCCCUCUCUGUUUCCGGCGACGCAGUGAGAUCCCCGAGCAUCGCCGUCGCCAGAGCUUCGGGAGCUCCGCCUUCGCCGGCGAAGCCGCCACGGUGCCGAUGUCGGUGCCGGUCCGAGUGGCCCGGGAGCUGCUUCAGGCCGGCCACCACUAUCUCGACAUCAGGACCGUGGACGAGUUCAACGCCGGCCAUCCGACGGGAGCCGUAAACGUUCCUUACAUGCUUAAAACUGGCUCAGGGCUGACUAAAAAUCCCAACUUCCUGGUGCAAGUCUUGUCGGCCUUCGGCGAGGACGAUGAGAUAAUAAUUGGGAGCCAAAGUGGGAGAAGAUCACUGAUGGCAGCAGCUGAACUUGCAGCAGCUGGUUUCACCGGCAUCACUGACGUAGAAGGUGGCUUCUCUCUCUGGCUGCAGAACAGACUCCCAGUUGAUGCAUGAAGAAGAAGCCAAAAUGCUUGGGAGUUGUAGAUAUGGACAAUAAGAAAAAGAUGUUACAAGGGUCGAACACCUGUGCUUUGUUACUACAUUCAGUAACUAUCAUCUCAAUUAACUGAGAGGGGGAGUCCUUAAUUCGCCUGCAUUUCUCUAUCUUGUGUAUCUCCUUGUCCUUGGUAUUGAGAAAACAUAUAUAUUAAUUUAAAACAUUGUUACCCAUGUGCUGAUUAUCAUAAGA